GGCAGCCGGCAGGGGCGGGACCCUUCUGGAAGGUUCUGAGGCAGGGUAUAAGAGACAGGGCGGCGGGCGAGUCCCGGUCUCAUUGAACGCCGCGGCAGCCUCCCCGCCUCUUCUCUCUCUGCUACUGCCGCCGGGUCUACGCGUGAGCAACCAUGUCGAAGGGACCUGCAGUCGGCAUUGAUCUUGGCACCACCUACUCCUGUGUGGGCGUUUUCCAACACGGGAAGGUGGAAAUCAUUGCCAACGAUCAGGGGAACCGGACAACCCCAAGCUAUGUCGCAUUUACUGACACUGAGCGGUUGAUCGGUGAUGCCGCAAAGAAUCAAGUUGCAAUGAACCCCACCAAUACAGUUUUCGAUGCCAAACGCCUGAUUGGACGCAGAUUUGAUGAUGCUGUUGUUCAGUCUGAUAUGAAGCACUGGCCCUUCAUGGUUGUGAAUGAUGCAGGCAGGCCCAAAGUCCAAGUAGAAUACAAGGGGGAGACAAAAAGUUUCUACCCAGAAGAAGUCUCGUCCAUGGUUCUGACCAAGAUGAAGGAAAUUGCAGAAGCCUACCUUGGGAAGACUGUUACCAAUGCCGUGGUCACAGUACCUGCAUACUUCAAUGACUCUCAACGUCAGGCUACCAAAGAUGCUGGGACUAUUGCUGGUCUGAAUGUACUUAGAAUCAUUAAUGAGCCAACUGCUGCUGCCAUUGCUUAUGGCUUGGAUAAAAAGGUUGGAGCUGAGAGAAAUGUGCUGAUCUUUGACUUGGGAGGAGGCACUUUUGAUGUGUCAAUUCUCACUAUUGAAGAUGGGAUCUUUGAAGUCAAAUCUACAGCAGGAGACACCCACUUGGGUGGAGAAGACUUUGACAAUCGAAUGGUCAACCAUUUUAUUGCAGAAUUCAAACGCAAGCACAAGAAGGACAUAAGUGAGAACAAGAGGGCUGUCCGCCGCCUACGUACUGCUUGUGAACGUGCAAAGCGUACACUCUCUUCCAGCACCCAGGCCAGUAUUGAAAUUGAUUCCCUGUAUGAAGGAAUUGAUUUCUACACCUCCAUUACCCGGGCCCGAUUUGAAGAAUUGAAUGCUGACUUGUUCCGUGGCACCCUGGAUCCAGUAGAAAAAGCCCUUCGGGAUGCCAAGCUUGACAAAUCCCAGAUUCAUGACAUUGUCUUGGUGGGUGGUUCUACUCGUAUCCCCAAGAUUCAGAAGCUUUUACAGGACUUCUUCAAUGGGAAAGAAUUGAACAAGAGCAUCAACCCUGAUGAGGCUGUGGCUUAUGGUGCAGCUGUCCAGGCGGCCAUUCUAUCGGGAGACAAGUCUGAAAAUGUUCAAGAUUUGCUGCUGUUGGAUGUCACUCCUCUUUCCCUUGGCAUUGAAACUGCUGGUGGGGUAAUGACAGUCCUGAUCAAGCGCAAUACUACCAUUCCUACCAAGCAGACACAGACCUUCACUACCUACUCUGAUAACCAGCCGGGUGUGCUCAUUCAGGUUUAUGAAGGUGAACGUGCCAUGACUAAGGAUAACAACCUGCUUGGCAAGUUUGAACUCACAGGCAUACCCCCUGCACCCCGUGGUGUUCCCCAGAUUGAGGUCACAUUUGAUAUUGAUGCCAAUGGCAUCCUCAAUGUGUCUGCUGUGGAUAAGAGCACAGGGAAAGAAAACAAGAUCACCAUCACCAAUGAUAAGGGCCGAUUGAGUAAGGAAGAUAUCGAGCGUAUGGUCCAGGAGGCUGAGAAGUACAAAGCUGAGGAUGAGAAACAGCGGGACAAGGUAUCUUCCAAGAAUUCCCUUGAGUCCUAUGCUUUCAACAUGAAAGCAACUGUUGAAGAUGAGAAACUUCAAGGCAAGAUCAAUGAUGAGGACAAGCAGAAGAUUCUUGACAAGUGCAAUGAAAUCAUCAAUUGGCUUGAUAAGAACCAGACUGCUGAAAAGGAAGAAUUUGAACAUCAGCAGAAGGAGCUGGAAAAAGUCUGCAAUCCCAUCAUUACCAAGCUAUACCAGAGUGCAGGUGGCAUGCCAGGAGGGAUGCCUGGUGGCUUCCCUGGUGGUGGAGCUCCUCCCUCUGGUGGUGCCUCCUCUGGGCCUACCAUUGAAGAAGUUGAUUAAGCAGACCAGACCCAAGUACAAGUUAGCAUUGUUCCAUUCAUUGAAGGACCCAAAUUUAGCAAAAUUUAUGGCAGUAAUUAACAGUUGAGCUGCUUUAGUAAUAACUGGGCAUUCUUGAUACUUGAAUAUGGAACAUGUGCACAGGGAAACAUUGCACUUUAUAAGCACUGUAUUGUAAGUGGAAAAUGCAAUGUCUUAAAUAAAACUAUUUAAAAUUGGCA